CUCACGCGUCGAGACACCUCGAACAAGACGCCCAGCCUCGCUCGAGUCGCCACUCCGUCGCGCUCCCUCGCGCACUGCCAGAAGCACCUCGGGCAUCGCGCGCAUCCUUGCGCCUGCCCUCUCUCCGCCGUCUGCAAGCCGCGCUGCUGUCGGUCGUGGUUCCCCAGGCCGAAAGCCCGUCCCACCGCCGCCCCACCGCGAUUCCACGAACUGCAGCUCCGUCACCACCAUCAUGUCCGGCCCAGUCGCAGUUGCCCGCCCAGCGCAACCUCCUCGCCUGCGUCGCGAGUCUCAGCGCCCGGGAGUUGCGCGCACUGCCACGCGCCAGUCCAACAUGGAGGACGAGGGCGCGAAGCAGGAAGAGGCCAGGAAAUAUGUCUACACGCAGCAAGACAUCCUGGCCAAGCACAAGGGCAAGCCGCCGUCGCUCCGUGUAUAUCUACACCCCAAGCACUUCCGCCUGAACGACUCCCAGGAGACGCUGUCCUACGCCUCGCCUAUGCGCGAGCUGCUGCAGGCCAUCAGGGACAAGGAAGUGCCCCACAACAUGGUCGAGGAGCUCUACGAGUUCAACACCCCCUGGUACGACGACUGCCUCAUCGUUGAAGUUCACGACUACCGCUCGGCCGGCGUCAAGCCCAAGGAUGACACCAACAGCACUGGCGAGGCCGGCACGAGCGCCUUCUCCAUUCAUAACUACAACAGCUUCAUAACACCCUCGCCAUUCGCGCCGUUUCCAGCCAAGCAGACCGAUGCGAAGACCACCCAGGCCAACGCGCAGAGCAAAGACGGAGAGACGAAAGAAGACAAGGAGAACAUGCCCGCUCCUGGUCAGAACGGCGCUCUGAACAAGCAGCCAGGCGUCGCCAAAGUCAAAACAGUGGUACUGUUCCCAACCCAGCAGUCGCGAUUGGCCGACAUGCAGCUACUGGCCACCACGCCCGUCCCAGACAUGGCUACCCUCAAGAGAAUGCAAGCCCAAGGCAGAGCUGGUGGCAUGCCGCCGACUCCCAUGACGGCAGUACCCUCCACACCCACCUUUGCUAAUGGCCCCAGCCCGAAACGCCAAAAAAUGGUCCUCGAUGAUAGCAACGUGCACGAGUUCGAGGCAGAGUUCCUAAAGGCCACCUGCCCACCCCUCUAUUUGGAGCCCACCAAGAGCUUCGGUGAAUCGCUCGCACUCAUGGAUGCCAUCACACAUCCGAACAACAAGAACCCUGCACCUCCACGCAAGACUCGCAAGAGGACCACCGCCGAACUGGCUGCCGACGAGGCAGAGGCCCAGGGUCUACAGCGCUUCAUGUUGGCGGGCGACGAGUACCAGAGCAAUAUGACGGCCACAGCCGCCGGCAAUGAUGACAACGCUGUGCGCGCCGCUGCCAACUCCCAGACAUUUGCCCGCUUCAAGACCAUUGCUAACAUCCGUGCAAACCACGAGGAAGCUGAUCGGAGGAAGAAGGAAGAAGACGCUCGAAUCGCUCAAGCCAAACGCCAAGCGCAGAUGGAGGCUGAGAUCCAGAGGAAGAGAGAGAUCGAGAGCAGACAGCAGGCUGAACUUGCCGAGCGUCAACAACAACAGGCUCUUCGCCAGCAAGCACACCAAGCACAACUGCAGCAGAACCAGCAGCAGAAUGAAGCCUUGCGAGCCGCAGCCGCAGCACAGCACCAGAUGUCGAACGCAGCAGCCAUACAGGCUACUCAGACACCUCAGUCGGCUACGCAAUCUCAGUUCUCGCCCACCAUUCGCCAGCAAACGCCGAUGGCCGCUGCUGCAGCAUCGCCAUCGCUUGGUGGACAGGCUGCGCAUCAACUCGGUGGCACCCCAAUGGUACCUACCGCUUCGAACCAGGCCAUCAACAGUCCCGCUCGCCCACCAUCUGCUGUCUCCAAUCAUCAGAACAUGAUGCGCUCCGUCAGUCAGCAGCAGAAUUUGAGUCGUACAGGUACACCGCACAUCGUACAAGGAACACCUGUGAUGAACGCCUCGAUGCCGAAUCGCAACAUGACGCCGACCCCGAGUCGCAUGGGGCAGGGCAGCCCAUCUAUGGCCAUGCAAGGGCAGACGCCGAUGAUGAUGCAGACACCUCAGCCAGGUCAGAACAUGACGCCUGAACAGGCUCAGCAGAUCCAACAACAGCGUCUGCAGCAGCAACUUCGCAUGCAGCAAAUGCAGCAGACAGGAUCACCAGGUAAUCAGCAGCAACAGUUCCAACAGAUGGCAUUCCAAAAGGCUACGCAGCAAAUCCAGACCCAAGGAGUUCCCCAAGGCCAGAAUCCACAGGCAUACCGCAAUCAGCUCGCGCAGCACUAUUUCCGCCAAUUGACUCAGAACCAGCAGCAAAGUCAACAGCAGCUGGCUAUGCAGAAUAUGUCGCCGGGAGCCGGCAUGCAGCAGAAUGCCAUGCCCAAUAAUCAAGGUGGCAUGACUUUUGCUAACCUGAAUCUCCAGCAGAUGCGCGCGCGCUAUCAGCAGCACAAGCAGACGGUCAUGCAGAAUUACGGCCAGAACAUUCCUCCCCAGGUCAUGCAACAAAUCCAUCAGAUGGAAAUGCAAAUCAAGCAGCGAGAGCAGCGUGAACAACAGAUGCAGAUGGCACACAUGCAGUCCAACAUGGGCGGCCAGAUGAACAGCGGCCAAAUGAACGGCAUGCAGAACGGCAACACGCCCAACCCCAUGCAAAUGCAACAGUACCAGCAGAUGCUCCAACAACAACGCGCAAAUGCCGCAAACAAUUCUCGACUCCUGCAAAUGCGUCAACAAGCCAUGGCAAGCGGUGGCCAACUGCCUCAGGGCAUGAUGGGCAACAUAAACACCAUGAACGGCAUGCAAGGUGGCGGCAUGCAGGGCAUGAACAUGGGUAACAUGGGCAACAUGGGUCAGGGUAUGAACAUGGCGCAAAUGGGACAAAUGAAUGGAGGCAUGGGCGCCAUGCAGGGUGGACAGAUGAACGGUGGUAUGCAAGGUAUGCAAGGAAUGCAGGCCAUGAAUCAACAGCAGAUGAACCAGAUGAUGAUGAUGCGUCAAGCACAGCAACAAGCCCAAAGAAUGGGACAGCAGGGUGGACAGCAAGGCGGAGAUAUGGGAUGGACUGGGUAGUCCCAUUGCCACUCUCCUUCCCUCUCCUCUUUGAGCUUGCCGUCAUCAUCCUGUCUGCUUUCCUUCUUUGGCUGCACGCAUCAUCACGGACAUUUCGGCCACCGAGCUGUGGGAUAAAAAGGUGUUUUGGGCGCGGGAAAAGUCUGGUGUUAUUCUUGCAAAGAUACCCCCGGUGUUGGGAUGGUUACUUAUCUUAUUACUCUUACGAUAAUCA